AUGCGAAAAGCGAAAAGAGUAGGCAUUGACUGGUUGCUAGUGGCCCUGACAGGUGUACAGCCAGGGCAUCGUAUCCAGUCGUUUGCGGAAGCGAAGAGGCUCGAUCAGAUGAACGAACGUAUGCCGCCGUCGAUGGCGACCCCUGGACAAUCUCCAACAGCCUCACCACAGCCACGUGCGCGUAACGGACCCGACGCAUAA